AUGCCUCUGAAGUGGAAGCAAGCUGAUGUCGAUGCUGAUCUUGGCAACACAGACCCAUCCCUCGAUAACAAACGACAUCAUACACCCUGGGCCAAGGGGGAAUCCACAAACCCACCUUCCAAGCAUGCUGUUUGGAAAUCGCAUGAGGAAGCGGAGCUCAUCCACUCCCUUCUUGAAGUUAAGCGUGCAGGUGGCACCUCAAAUAUCGGGUUCAAAGACAAGGUUUGGAACUCAGUUUCCACACACUUAACUGAGGAAUGUGGGACUGUGUUCAAGCCGAGUGCUUGUAAGAAUAAGUAUGGCAAGUUAAAACAGGUAUACUGGGCCGUCAAAAGACUUUCAGAGCAGUCAGGAUUUCCAUGGAGCAAUGAGAAUGGUGCUGAUAGAGCGAUAAGUUUUUGUUGA